AUGGAUCCUGAGAGUAAGAGAGUCCAGGUGGAGAGAGCAGACUCACCUGCACCCAGCUGCCUGUCUGUGAAGAGUGACCAGUCAAUGGAUCAUCCACUCCAAUUAGGAAAGGGAGCCUUUUCCACAAAUCAAAAAGUCCAGUUGGAGAGAUCAGAGUCAGUGACGCCCAGCAGUCAGUCUGCCCAGAGUCACCGGAUGGAUUUGUCAUCAAUAUUCAAGGUGCUUGAAGACAUGCUUAUCAAGUUGGUGCAGGACAAGCUGAAAAAGCUCCAGGGUGAUCUGAGUCGGGAUUACCCAGAAUGCUUUGAGAGUCAUCUGGAGGAUCCUGAUGUCCUGGAUGAAGUCUACAAGAUGCUGGAGAACUGUGUCAGAGAGGGGGCUGUGAAGGUCAUAGUGCACAUCCUGAGGAACAUGAACCACAAGGAUGCUGCUGACACACUGGAGCAAAAUCUACUCCUGAGAAAGUGCCAGUAUAAUCUCAAAUGCAUUCUGAAGGAGAAGUUUGAACAUGUUUUUGAAGGGAUUGCCAAGCAGGGAAGUGCUACAGAUCUCAGAAAGAUCUACACAGAGCUCUACAUAACAGAGGGUGGAAGUGGAGAUGUCAAUAAUGAACAUGAAGUGAGACAGGUUGAGAUGGCAUCAAAGAAAUCAUUCAUUCAGAAGACUGCUAUCAAAUGCAAUGACAUCUUUAAACCCUUACCUGGAAGAGAGAAGCACAUGAGAACUGUGCUGACAAAGGGGAUUGCUGGCAUUGGAAAAACAGUCUCUGUGCAGAAGUUCAUUCUGGACUGGGCAGAUGGAAAAGCAAACCAGGAUGUUGAUUUAAUGUUUCCUCUACCUUUCCGAGAGCUAAAUUUGUUGAAGUAUGGUAGACAUAGUUUCAUACAACUGCUUCAUCACUUCUUCCCAGAAGUCAAAGAGUUUGACUCAAUUAAAAUUCAACACUGCAAAAUCUUGUUCAUCUUUGAUGGGCUGGAUGAGUGUCGACUUCCCUUAGAUUUCCAGAAAAAUCAGGGCUGGUAUGAUGUCACAGAGCCAACAUCAGUGGACGUGCUGCUGACAAGCCUCAUUAAGGGGAAUCUGCUUCCCCCUGCUCUCCUCUGGAUCACCACCCGACCAGCAGCAGCCAGUCAGAUCCCUCCUGAGUGUGUCCACCAGGUUACAGAGGUACGAGGUUUUAAUGAUCCACAGAAGGAGGAGUACUUCAUGAAGAGAUUCAGUGAUCAGAACCUGGCCAGCAGAAUUAUCACACAUAUAAAGUCAUCAAGGAGCCUCUACAUCAUGUGUCACAUACCAGUCUUCUGUUGGAUUGCAGUGACUGUUCUUGAGCAAAUGAUGGGUGAAUCAGACAGUGGAGAAAUCCCUAAGACUCUGACUCAAAUGUACACACACUUCCUGCUCAUUCAGAUAAACAUAAAGAACCAAAAGUAUGUCAACAAACAAGAGGCAAAGCUACACAGGCUGUUAGAGUCAGACAAAGAAGUCAUUCUGAAACUGGGAAAGCUGGCUUUCAGCAACCUAGAAAAGGGAAAUCUCAUUUUCUAUGGAGAAGACCUGAGAGAGUUUGGUAUUGACACCAGUAAAGCCUCACUGUUCUCUGGAGUGUGCACAAAAAUCUUCAAAGAAGAGUUUGGGCUAUAUCAGGGGAAAGUCUAUUGCUUUGUGCAUCUGAGUGUUCAGGAGUAUCUUGCUGCUCUAUAUGUGUUUCUCUCAUAUAGAAACAAAAACAGAAAUGCACUGCACCAAAACCAAUCCCUCCUCAGCAAAUUCAGUGGCGUAUUCAAGGACAUACCAAUGUCUGACUUCCUCAUGGGUGCAGUGGAUCAGGCCUUACAGAGUGAGAAUGGACACCUGGACCUUUUCCUCCGCUUCCUUCUUGGCCUCUCACUAGACUCCAAUCAGACUCUCUUACGAGGCCUACUGACACAGACAGGAAGCAGCUUACAGAGCAUUGAGAAAACAGUCCAGUAUGUUAAAGAGAAGAUCAGGGAGAAUCUCUCUCCAGAGAGGACCAUCAAUCUGUUCCACUGUCUGAAUGAAUUGAAUGAUCAUUCUCUAGUGGAGGAAAUCCAAAGUUUCCUGAGCUCAGGAAGUCUUUCAAGAAAAGAGCUCUCACCUGCACAGUGGUCAGCUCUGGUCUUUGUGUUACUGACAUCAGAAGAGGAGCUGGAUGUAUUUGACUUGAAGAAAUACAUCAUAUCAGAUGAAGGUCUUCUGAGGCUGCUGCCAGUGGUGAAGGCCUCUAGAACAGCUCUAAUGAACAGCUGUAACAUCAGUAAGAAAUGCUGUGAAGCGCUGGCCUCAGCUAUCAGCUCAAACUCCUCCAGUCUGAGAGAGCUGGACCUGAGUGACAAUGAGCUGCAGGAUUCAGGAGUGGAGCUGCUCUCUGCUGGACUGAGGAAUCCACACUGUAAACUGGAGACACUGAGGAUGAACAGCUGUAACCUCAGUAAGAACUGCGGUGAAGCUCUGGCCUCAGCUAUCAGCUCAAACUCCUCCAGUCUGAGAGAGCUGGACCUGAGUAACAAUGAGCUGCAGGAUACAGGAGUGGAGCUGCUCUCUGCUGGACUGGGGAAUCCACACUGUAAACUGGAGACACUGAGGCUGUCACUGUGUGGAGUCACAGAGAGAGGCUGUGUUUCUUUGGCUUCAGCUCUUAAUUCAAACCCCUCACACCUGAGGGAGCUGGAUCUGAGCUACAAUCACCCAGGAUACUCAGGAGUGAGAGCACUCUCUGCUGGACUGGAGGAUCCCAACUGUAAACUGCAGAAACUGAGUGUGGACCGUGUUGGAGAGAGCAGGAGCAAACAGAGGCUGCUGAAAUAUGCCUGCCAGCUCACACUGGAUCCCAGCACAGCACACAGAAGGCUGUCUCUGUCUGAGGGGAACAGGAAGGUGACACAGGAGAUAAAGGAGCAACCAUAUCCUGAUCAUCCAGAGAGAUUUGACCACUGGGCCCAGGUGCUGUGCAGAGAGGGUCUGUCUGGGCGCUGCUACUGGGAGGCUGAGUGGAGUGGGAGUUGGGCUCGUAUAGGAGUGGCAUAUAAAGGAAUCAGCAGGGAAGGAAGACAUAUAGAUAUUCUUCUUGGAUACAAUGACAAGUCUUGGUGUUUGAUCUGCCGCAGUGAUGGUUACUCUGUCUGGCACAAUAAAAAGAAAACUCCCAUAUCUACCCCUCCCUCCACCUCCUGCAGAGUAGGAGUGUAUCUGGACUGGCCGGCCGGCACUCUGUCCUUCUACAGCGUCUCCUCUGAUACACUGACCCUCCUGCACACAUUCCGCACCACAUUCACUGAGCCCCUCUAUCCUGGGUUUGGGGUUGACUCCUCUGUGUCUCUGUGCCAGGAAAGGAAGGAGUUUCCGGACCUCUCGGCAGUGCCGCCGGAGUAUCUGGACCUGAAGCCUUCACUGGUGAACGAUGUCCUACGGGAUAUGCUGAACCAGUUUGUUUUCGUCUACCUCGACGACAUCCUCAUUUUUUCUCGCUCCCUGUCCGAACACGUCUGGCAUGUCCGUUGCGUUCUCCAGCGCCUGCUGGAGAAUCACCUCUACGUCAAGGCUGAGAAGAGCGAGUUCCACCGAGACACCAUCUCCUUCCUGGGUUUUGUUAUCACAGCGGGUAGCAUACAAAUGGACCGGCGGAAGCUGCAGCGCUUCCUUGGGUUUGCCAAUUUUUACCGCUGCUUCAUCCGGGACUACGGCACUGUAGCAGCUCCCCUCACGGCCCUGACAUCUACCAACAGGGCAUUCUCCUGGACCCCGGCAGCCGAGGCAGCAUUUCGCAACCUGAAAGGCCGCUUCACUUCUGCGCCCAUCCUGACAUAG